GCUGAACUGACUUGCAUUCAACCCGGCAACGAUUCGACCGAUUUUAAGCUUGGUGCGCACUGCUUCCCCGCACGUAGGAAGCCAGGCUGUACGGGUUUUGGUGCAACCUUUUUUCGUGGAGAUCGGGGUCCCAAAUCGAGAAACAAGUGGCGCAUUACGAUUCUGGUUCGAGAGCAGUGGAGGUGCGAAGGUCGGAGACAGCGGUGGCUCCGGCGUGCUCUUAAAAAGCAGCCUGAUAGGCAGGCAGAUGAGAAGAACCGAGUGGAGUGACCGACUCUCUUGCGAUCACGACACGACGACGACUAUGAAGAAUCACAUCGACUUGCUGGGGCAUGAUGUGCCCGUCGACGUGGCCGCCAGCGUCCUGAUUGGCCUGUCGGCUCAUAUUGUCCUGAACCGGUUCGAGCUGUGGCCCAAGCAGCUCUUUACCGUCUACUGGGCCUCUGUCGCCAUCUACACGCGCCACCUCGUCGCAGAGCAGGGCCAGUCUCUGGCCAGCGCCAUUGUCCGCACGCUGGGCUUGAGCUACAUCGUCAUUGCGACGCUCCUCGUCAGCGUCACUGCGCACCGACUCCUUUUCCACCGGCUCCGGCGCUUCCCGGGCCCGCUUUCGUGCAAGCUAACAAAAUGGACGACGGUGUCGACGGACCUCAACGGACUGCGGUCCCGUUUCGUGGACCAGCAGCACAAGAAGUACGGCGACAUCGUCCGGACUGGCCCGCGGGAGCUCUCGAUCAACGAUCCCUCGGUCAUCUCGGCCAUCGGAGGCGGCAACUCACCCUGCCAAAAGGGGCCCUGGUAUGUGGGCAUCCAUGGCGGCAAGGGUGGGCGCAGCCACAGCCUGCACAGCACCGUAAACAAGGAGGACCACGCAGCUCGACGCCGCAUCUGGGACGCAGGCUUUAGCCAAAAGGCGCUCAAGAGCUACGAGUCCGAGAUCCACACCAAGACGCAGCAGCUGAUCGAGGAGCUCAGCUCGCGGGCACGCAAGGGCCAAGUCCUCAACAUCGACGACUGGUGCCUGUUCUUUGGCUACGACCUCAUGGGCGCCGUCGGCUUUGGCACCUCGUUUGACAUGCUCUCCAAGGGCGUCAUUGACAAGAACGUAGAGAUCCUCGAGACGUCCAUGGCGCACAUCAUGGUCGUCAGCAACUUGCCGUAUCUUUCCGAGCUGGUGCGGUACCUGCCCAACCCCAUGAAGGACUUUGAGGUAUGGCUCAACAUGGUGCUUAAGAAGCGCAUCGAGAGCGGGACAAAGGAGGACUACCCCGACGUGUUUGCCUUCCUCCUCGACGAGGACAAGCAGUCGGGCUGGAAGCACACAUGGGAGGAGCUUGUCUCCGAUGCCAUGCUCAUGGCCCUCGCCGGCGCAGAGACGAGCUCGACGGUGCUUGGUCUGUGCCUCUUCACGCUCUCACAGCAUCCCGACGUGCUUCAGAAGCUGCGCGACGAGCUCGACGACGUCUUUGGAAAGGGCGUACCAUGCGACGACUUUGACGACCUCAAUAAAAAGUGCCCUUACCUCAAUGCAGUCAUCAACGAGACGAUGCGCAUGUACCCGCCCAUUGCCAGUGGUCUCCAGAAGGAGACGCCGGCCUCUGGUCUGCAGGUGCAGGUGCAGGGCAAGCAGAUUGUAAUUCCGCCCCACACGGUGGUCCACACGCCCACGAUGACGAUGCACCGCGAUCCCCGCUACUUUUCGCCCGAGCCAAACGCCUACCGACCGGAGCGGUGGCUCGACCAUCACAAGAACGAGGAGCGCUUCGAGAUCAAGGCUUUCAACCCCUUCUCCUUUGGGCCUACGGGAUGCAUCGGAAAGACGUUGGCGUACAUGGAGAUCCGGCUCGCGUUGGCCAACCUCGUGCAGACGUUCGACGUCAAGCCCACCAAGGAAUUCAACGCAAAGGAGUUCGAGGAUGGUCUCCUCGACAUCUUUACGACGAAGCGGUCGAAGAAGAUGCCCGUGACGCUCGAGCUCAGGCAGCAAAAGUAGCGUCUUGUGUUCGCACAUCUCGGCCACGAAGACGCGGUUUUCACCUAUAUUGUACCACACUACAUGCUGAGGUUUGUCGUUGAAUGGAAGAGUUUGAAAGAAGAG